AUGAACAGGACAAUUCUUAUCGUCGCUUUGAUGUGUGCUGAAAUUCUUGCAUCUACAAGACUGGAACUAAAAGAAUCCAAAUUCAAUCAAAGUGAAAAGAUUUUGUCGCGUGAUAAACGAUAUUUGCUAUAUGUUCCUAAUGGUGGAACUGCGAAAUUUGUAUCAGGAUUUCUUGGACCUAUCGAUAUUCCUUUAUGGCAGAACAUAAAUUGCUUACGAAACAUUCAAUAUCAAUAUCCGCUGCCUCAGAAUUGGACAACUUUUUCAUCCUUCCCAGGUUUUGAAUCCGUCGGCAACUCGUCACCAAGUCAAGGAAGACACUUCGGUGGUGAAAAAUCCAAAGUUAAACCUAAACCAGACUCAUCGCGUCAAAUAGCUUAUGAUUUGAUGGAGACACAGCUUAAUAAAGAAGGUAAGAAUGGCCACGAGUGCAUGUUAAGGGCAAUUUGUGAGAUUGCAGAAACUCCAGUGAGCCACAAUGGCCUUGUUGGUGAACUUAUUCAAUUAUUUUUCACACCUGGACGACAUGAGAAAAUCCAAGAUGAUUACAUUUAUGCACGAAAAGCUGGUUUAAAUCGAGUUGAUUGUGAACAACUUUAUCCAGAUUGUCCAUUGGGUCAUGGAAUUUUGGAUUCCUUUUCUAUUAUUAAGAACUUUGAAAUGUACAACUGGUUGAAUUUUAAAUGA